ACAAAACAGUUAGAGUAAGCAAGACAGCUGAUUUUGUACUUGUUGGUUCUAAGUAGUUUCUACAGUAAAAAGAAAUGUGUCAAUUUGUUUUUAGAUAUUUUUGUCGUUUUAAGAACUUAAAAUAAUUAGAUCUUAAAUCACUAACAUCAUAAACAAGUUGUUUUACAAAACAAAACAGUUAGACAAGCAAAUAAGCUAGUAAACGUAAUAACUUGUGACGUGACCGACUUUGUAAGCAUCUCGAUAUCGAUUCCCCUGUUGGCCGCUAGAGCGCACUCACGUCUAAUUCCAAAUAUGGCGGCACGAUCAAUGAAGUAGUAGAGUGUAGUGAUGUCUAGUGUAAAAAAUUGAAAUGUUCGAGGUCUGUGUUAGUUUUGUGUAUGGUAUGAACAAAUAAAUGGGCCAUGGGAAGAGGCCAGGAAUUAUUAGAUGCCGCGCGUGAAGGCGAUAGAUGGACUGUGGAGAAAAUACUCGGUCAAAUAACUAAAAGGAGUGGUCCGUUUACAAGUUUGCGGAGAGGAGCCGGCGUCAAUGUUCAAGAUGAUAACGGGUAUACGCCUCUACAUCACGCGUGUUUACGUGGGCACAAAGACAUAGUUCAAGUUCUGCUGUCCGUAGACGCGUUACCAACCGUUGUGGACAAGAAGGGAGCAACGCCACUACAUCUAGCGGCGUGGAAGGGAGACUCUGACAUCGUUUCUAUGUUGUUAGAACAUAACAAUCCAUCUGUUAACAUCGACCAAAGGACGUCUAACCAAGAGACAGCGUUGUUAAUAGCCGCUCAAUCCGGUUAUGUGGACGUGGUCGCGCAGCUGUUGUCAAGAGGCGCAGAUGCCGAACUCAGGAAUAUGAAGGAUGAGAGUGCUUUAGAUCUAGCGGCACAGUACGGUCGGUUGGAGACUGUGCAACACAUGCUCAGAGCACGGCCGUUGUUGGUGCAGCCAUACAAGUAUCCCAACACCAGGGAACACAUAUUCCCGUCAUCAACUCCCUUGCAUCGAGCCAGCAAAAAUGGACACAAGGAGGUAGUGAUAGCUUUACUAGAAGCUGGUUUCGAUCCUAACGUGAGGUCGUACUCUGGUACACCGCUGCAUGAGGCGGCUUGCUUCGGCAAAGCGUCUGUGGUUCGUGCCCUACUCGAGAAGGGUGCGGAUCUACAUGCAGUUAACAGUAAGGGGAUGACAGUGGACAGACUACUUCUGGAAUAUUCCGGAGAACCGUCCAAAAGAGUCAGGAGGGUUAUACGGGAGUAUGAAAGUAUGGCAUGUAAUUACCACGAAAGCGAAGAAGACAUUCCACCAUUCCCAGUGCAAGGAUACAGUCCCACCGGAUAUCCAGCCUCCUCCCAUAUGAAAGCCCCAGUGACCCAGAAAAAUACUAACAAAACCGAAAGCUUAUUUCCGUCAUCUUCGUCUCUAACAAAAAAUAUUCAACCUCAAAGUUUUGUCAAAAAGCUUGCUUCGAAGUGCUUGGGCUUGAAAGCGAAAUUUAAUUCUGCUCCUAAUAUUUCUAACAAUUCGGGUUUAGAGUCGGAAACUGAUGCUAAAUCGAAACAAUCUGAAAGUAAAAACUCGGUUAAUACUUUGCUAAUUGGUAAUAGUAAAUUUUUUAAAAUAUUGUCGAAAAAGGAGGAGUCAGGUGAUAUUAUUUGUAACGAUGAAUUUGAUACUAUUUCCUUAGACAGAUUAGGGAUAUUAAAUAGAGAUUCUACUGUUAAUCGAAGUAACCGAAGUUGCCCCGGAUUUAAAACAUCGUUGCCUAACAUAUCGGAAAACAAUGAAAUAAGCGAUUCCCAAGAAUCUAUAGUUAAUUGUUCUGCAGCUGUCGACGAAAAUUAUGGCAACAACGAUUCUUUCACACCGCCACCUACUGAAGCAGUGAAUUAUGCUGCAAAGCUUAGUAGUUUAUUUGAACCCAGAAAUUUGGUUAAUCGUAAAUCAUUGAUUUCUACGACUUCGUUAGAAUCAGCUACUUUGAUAAACGAAUGUUACGAAUCAUAUGAAUUCUCUUCAAAAAAUUCUAUUUCGUACAUUGAACCAAUUACGACCUCACACAACAGUGCUCAGUUACCAAAGCCCACACCGAGAUCAAAUAAUGUAAAUGUGAAUGAUAAUGAUGUAACCAUGUACGAAAAUGUUGUUAUUGAAAGUAAACAAUCUCGUCCAACACCCGCUAUCAGAACUCAUAUUCCCCCAAAAAAGCUUAUGGACGAUUCAGAACAAAGACCUCUAUAUGAAAAUAUAUCUCUGACACGGGAACGAAGACUACCAGAAGUACCAAAGCGAAGCAUUACAUUGGCACAAGAGAGAUCCAACAACACUUCACCCAAUAUAAGUAGGUCAUCAACUUUGUCUUCUGAUUCCAUGAUCGAUGAAUCAAAUUUAGAGGACAUACUAUUAUCAACAAAAUCUAAAUCAUUUCGUCAUACUAAAAUAUCUGUUAUCGACAGCAACACAAAUAAAUCAAAAGUUCAAAGGACACUUUCGGAUUCAUCAGAUUCGUCUAAUCAUACCGAAGCCAGUGCAUUAGAAAAUGUUGAUUGUACUGGUGAUGAUGCCAACGAUAUGAGUAUUCGCUUAUCAAUGACUGGUACAUUACCCAGUAAGAAAACGGAAGGUAAUGGACGUAAGAAAGUUCUCUUUAGACAUAAAACAUUCACUAAUAUAGAACAUGACAGAAAUUCAACGAAUAUUAGAGAUUUGCCCAAAUGGAGUAGCACGAUAUUAAAAGAUACGCUACCAAAUUAUCACAUUAAAGGUACAGGUCACUGCAUAUAUAAAGCGCCAACAGUCCAGGAAUUUAUAGAUAUUUUUAAUAGAGAAACACUUUGCAAAGAUCCUCUUACAACAGCACUAUCCACUACCGACAAGAGAGAUAGUUAUUUUGAAACAGCGAUAUGUUUUUGUAAGCCAAAACGUCCUAAAAAUCAUGCCAGUGCAGAGGAUUUGCUAGAAAUUAAUCAGGUUGAGGACGAAGAAGUAAUAAUUGAUAUGGAAGAUUUCAGGAAUAAAAUGGAAUUGAGAUCUUCAUCAUUUCGUUGUUUCUGCGACAGUAAAAGCUGCAAAAUGCACGAUGAUCACAGAAGGAAUAAUAUCGAUUUUGUUAUAAAGUUUUCUGCUAUAAAGAGAAGUCUCUCUACCCCAGAUAUCACACUCGAAGCUUCUCCUAUUUCGACAGUACAAAAACCGCGUUUAACUAAAAUAAAAUCAGUUCCGUCAAACCUUGAAGAACCUUAUACCAGUGGUAAAGUUGAACAAAUAGCCCCGAGUCAUUGUGCAAAUACAAAUGACAAUACACCACUAUAUUCCUCCCCUGCAUAUGUAACAAUGUCAUCUCAUACUUCGACUUCAUCAUCUUAUGAACGUUAUUCCGUUAAAGAUAUCGCUGAAGUAAUAUCAAUAGGUAGUCAUACAACAUCAGCCGACACUAACCCACAAGCUUCUGAUACUGUGCAUUUACCGCCACGUCAAUCGAGCUCAUCGGAACACUCCGGUCAUUGGUCACUGCAAUCGUGUAAUUCUAACGUCACGAUUAAAUCUGAUGCAUCCUUUAAGACAUGCCUCGAAGAGUCUUCCGAGGAAGAUUCAGAUGACAAUUCCCAUUCAGACGAAGAAAUCUCAGACGCCGAGACCGUUAAAUCCGAUAUAAGUACCACGAAACGGCCGUGGGUACACAGCGACUCGUUCAAAUUUGGUAGCAGGGAUUCCAAAUUUGAAAUCGAGGCGAUUUUGGAGGAUAGCGAACACAAUCUGGAGUCGAAAUGUGAGAGCGGAAUAAGUGUGGCUAGUUCUGAGAGUUCUUCGUCGGGGUCCGAGGACGACAGCGGUGUUCCGAGGGUAGAUGCGGAUGUGCUUGACUGUGCUUCGCUUGAGCGGGUGCGGGGGGCCGGGGGUGUUUGCAGCGGGUCGGGGCGGAGGCGCUGGGAGGAGGCGGAGGGUACGAGCGAGGGCGACGCCCUCAGCGUGUCCAGCGCGGCUUCCAGCUGCGCGCCCUUGCAUCUCGCGCAUCAUCACGACUAUAGUAAAGUUUCGCCGACGCCCCCCAAGAAACCCCCCCGACGGAAUCUGUCGGUGUCCCCCACCCACGCCAACUCCCCCUCCUCUGGCUACAGCUACGAGUUAAGGGCGCACGCCAGGAGCCAGGAUGAUUUGGAUGAAAUACAGGGUGCUAAACAUUAUCUCAAGCAUGGUCGCUCGGUAGAUCAGUACGUGGACGGUAAACUAUCGUAUGCCGAAUAUGAGGAGAACCAUAACUCUCCCAGAGUAAUUCCCAUCCCUAAUCCCAGACCCAGUCUCAAGAACCGUUCGCAACCCGUCGCCAUCACGGCUAUGUACGAAAAUGUCGUCAUAAAAGAACAGAAUCCCAGACGAAAGCUUCGGAGAAACAACUUCCCUCCUUCCUACGAAAACGUCGAGAUCAGAAUGAACGACACCAGAUCUAGAAAGUUCUCGAACCAGGAACGGUCUUCCCUUGAAAGUCUUUUAGACGAUCAGUCGAUGAAUAGCCCAAGCGAAUGUGAACGGUAUUACGAUAGGCAUAAAGCGACUAUUCCUUUAUCACCGACACAUUACGAUCAGCCCCCGACUCCCGACCAUCCGCCACCUUCAGCCAAACAAGCAGAGAACAGCAUUCACGAACGGAUCAGGCCGCUGAGUCAGGAAUACAAACGGAGAUCCAUGCUGCGCGACAGUCAGACUGAGACUGAGAUGUGCUUGCUGCGCGCCGCGUCCGCCGCGUCAGUCGCCAGUGGCGCCACGGACCGCAGCGGGAACACUGACAACUACGUGGAGGAGUACGUCUGCGAUGUUCCAUUUGCUGGCCUCUUCAAAGGCUCAACCACAACACUCGACGGCAUCGGUCUUCGGCCGAUGCCAGCCGAAAGGCCGAAGACGUUACGGAAACUGAAAUCAGUGUACGACGCCUCCCCGACAGACCCGCCGACCAUCACCAACACGAACAUAAGCAGCAAUGGACAAGUGGACAGGAAUAUCAAUGGAAUGGAAGACGAGGUCAGAAGACGGAGUAAUACGACUAGUUCCACACAUAGCGGGGACAAGUCACUCUCAAUACUCAGCCCCUUUGAUGAGCAGGAGGAAUGGGCGAAGAUCUCCGAGAUAAUGGCGUCGUUCGGAAGUAAGCUGGUACGAGAAUCCGUAUUCGUGUCAGAAUUGGAACAGGAAUUUACGUCGCGCCUCGGCCUUAGUUGCUCCGAGUCAAGUCUUAGUCCCUCAGUGGCUUCGAACCUUGGUUUCUGGCUCUCCAGUCUCGGUCUGCAUGAUUACGAACCACUCUUCCUGGAGAGCGGUUACGAUGAUAUCGAAUUUAUUAACGGCAUACUCGAUGAGAACGACCUCCGCGAAAUGGGAAUCGAAGAAAACGAUAGACAGAAGAUAUUGGAAUCCGCAAAACAAUUACCUCUUAAGAUAACUGAAAUAAGCAAUAAUCAUAACAAUAAUAAUAUAAGUAAAAACCAGAACGAAACAGUAGACGAAUGGUUAAGAAACAUUAAUCUAGAACAAUAUAGUGAUACGUUUAGAAAACAUUUAUAUGUAGAUAUGGAUAGGGUUAAGAGAAUUUGGGAGGUGGAACUGACGGCUGUUUUGGAGAUACAGAAAGCGGGACAUCGGAAGAGAAUCCUGUGCUCGGUAUCCGGAGAACAUAACGGACCAGUCAGUAAUUUAGAAGAUAUUAAUGUUGAUCUCAACACGUUGAAAAGUAAUAUACAACAACUAAAAGAAGAAAUUAAAGAGAAAUUACCUUCGGAAAAUUUGAAACCUGUGCCGCCUCCUGUAGUUCCUAGCCUAGCGCCCCCUGGAGGGGAAACAUUGAAGCGCAGUAAGAAAAACAGGCCCGCGCCCCAGCCGCCGAGACCCUCGGAUUUGGAGAUCAGGGCGCCAUCGGAACUUCUAGUCGGUGUUCCGGGGGCGCUGAAAACUCAGUGGAAGCAUCAGCCGUUCGUACUUGUCACUGGGGCGGUCACGUAUGUUGCUAAUUAUCUGGGAUCGACUGUGGUAAAGGAGCUCCGAGGAACUGAAUCAACAAAGAAGUCAAUACAAAAACUAAAGAAGACUACUAAAGAGCCUCGGGACUCUCCGGACAUUAUACUGUCCAUUAGCUACAGAGGAGUUAAGUUCCUAAACACUAUUACAAGGGAGUUGAUCUGCGAGCACGAGAUAAGGAACAUCCACUGCGCGUGCCAGGACGCAGACGACCUGACACACUUCGCAUAUAUCACCAAGGACCACUCCACCCGCAGUCACUACUGCCAUGUCUUCAGAGUCGCUACAAUGGAUCAAGCUACCGAAGUAAUCUUAACACUAGGCGAGGCGUUCGAAGUGGCUUACCAAAUGGCACUAAGGGAGCAAUCGAAUCGUUCGAGAGUGACCCAGUCGUUAACUAAAACACCAACACAUGACCCCACGACAACCAACAAAGAGAAACUCAAUAUGAACCACGGAAGGUCCCAUUCCAUUACAGAGAUCAAGUUAAAUGGUCACCAGUUAAAGAUCGCUCCCAUACCAGCUUCGUUGUCCAAUGAAGAUUUCCAAGCGUCUAGAAAUUCUGAUGGUUCCAGAAGCCCAAGAACUCCUCUACUAAAAGCACCCAUCGCUUCCACAGAAGAAUUGUGAAACCGAAUAUAAAGUAAUUUUUCCAUAGAUAAUUUUUGUAAGUUGUUUUUACAUCCAUUUUUUGUGUUUUUUCCACGCACAGAUUAUUCUGUGACAUAUUGAAUGAUGGAUUUGAAAAUAUUUUCAUAUAAACUUUU